AUGGCCUCGUCGAGCUCCUCAACGCGUCCAGACAGAUUCCUGGAAUUCACUACCAUCGAUUGGUUUCAGGAUGCUUUUCGGGAACGCAAUCGGCGCAAGUUCGAAUACCGCUAUCACUCCAGCUCGGCGCCCAUUAAAUCUAUCGUGAAUCUGUACGGCUCAGCGCAGAGUUGGCUGGUAGUAGGGUUAGUAGGAGCGACGAUCGGGCUGAAUGCGGCGUUGAUCUCGAUCAUCACUGCGUGGUUAUCGAAUCUGAAGAUGGGAUAUUGUCAGCAGGGAUGGUGGCUGAACGAGAAGUUCUGUUGCUGGGAGAUCGAGCGAAGCACACAUUCGCGGGAAGAAGUGAUGAUCGGCCUGGGUGGAGCGAGUGGGGUGAUCGGGGCGGGGGGGACGGAGGAGGGGUGCGAGGACUGGCAGACAUGGACGCGGUUCGGGCCGGUGCGCUACCUGGCCUAUGUGUUCUAUUGCGUCCUGUUCGCCUACGCGUCGGCCAAGCUGGUCAAGAGCUUCGCACCCGCCGCCGCCGGCUCAGGCAUCUCAGAAAUCAAAUGCAUCCUCUCAGGCUUCGACAAGCCCGGCUUCCUCAGCUUCCCUACCCUCGCCAUCAAGAGCCUCACCCUCCCCCUCGCUAUCGCUAGUGGCCUCAGCAUCGGAAAAGAAGGGCCCAGCGUCCAUAUGGCCGCUUCCAUCGGCUUCGUCCUCGCUAAUCAGUUCCAGCGCUUCAGCAAGAGUCGCCGCAAAAUGAGGGAACUCGUCACCGCCGCUAGCGCAGCUGGCGUCGCGGUCGCGUUUGGUAGUCCGGUCGGUGGCGUAUUGUUUGCUUUUGAGGAAAUGACGAUCUCCUUUCCGAUCAAAACCAUGUGGCGAAGCUUCUUCUGUGCGUUGAUUGCGACAGUCACCCUAUCAGCCGUCAACCCAUUCCGGACGGGAAAGCUGGUCCUGUUUCAAGUGUCGUACGACCGAGACUGGCACUUUUUCGAGUUAGGAUUUUUUGUGUUGAUCGGCCUCUUCGGGGGCCUUUAUGGGGCGUUUGUGACGAAGUACAACCUGCAAGUGGCCGUUUUCAGACGGCGUCAUCUGGCCAACUCAGCGAUCUCCGAGGCUAUCUUCCUCGCCGGUCUGACGGCAAUCAUCGGAUACUUCAACAUGUUUCUGAGGAUCGAUAUGACUGAAAGUCUCGAGAUCUUGUUCCGUGAAUGUGAAGGCGGCGGAGACUACGACGGUUUGUGUCAGUCUUGGGCUCAGUGGCAGAUGGUCAACUCACUACUGCUUGCAACAGUCAUCAGAGCGUGUCUAGUGGUACUUUCUUUUGGCUGCCGGGUUCCCGCUGGGAUAUUCAUUCCCUCAAUGGCCGUCGGUGCCACAUUUGGCCGGAUGUUAGGCAUCCUCGUGAAGGCUCUUUACCGGGCGUUUCCCCAUUGGGCAAUGUUCUCCUCCUGUGAUCCUGAGAAGCCGUGUAUCACGCCUGGCACUUACGCCUUGCUGGGCUCUGCCGCUGCCCUCGGAGGAAUAAUGCGGAUCACCGUCUCGGUCGUGGUGAUCAUGUUCGAGCUCACUGGGGCCUUGACUUAUAUCUUACCCACAAUGGUAGUUCUUUUGGUCACCAAAGCAGUCUCCGAUCAGCUGGUUAAAGGGCACGGAGGAAUCGCAGACAAGAUGAUCCACAUGAACGGUUUCCCCUGUCUUGAAAAAGAAGAUCAUUUGCACGGACUGGCCGUUGGGGCGGUGAUGACAGGUCGGACGCAUGGGGUGAAGCUUGCCAAUGAGACCCAUCGGGUCGAUUUCUCGGCGAGUUCAGGCCAUCUUCAUCCUCAUAGUACCGCCUUAGCCUUGCCUAGACAGCUCCCCCUACACGAACUCAAGACCAUCCUUGGGACCGAACGCAAUGGGCGCAUUAAGGGCUUCUCCGGCUGGCCUGUCGUCUCUGAUGCGCUCGAUCUGUCUAUCCUGGGCUACGUCUCGUCCGCUGAUCUCACAAAAACUAUCAAUGAUGCGACAUUGACGAGGUUUUCAGAAGACGUGAUUGUGGUCCUUUCACGAAAGACAGGCAAAGAGAGGGAGUGUGAAGGCGGAGGAGGGGAUGAAGGGUCUGAGGAGGGGGUCGAAUCAGGACGGAGUCGGAUGUUCGAGCGGCUUGAUCUCUCCUAUCUUGUCAACCCGACUCCAGUCCGAGUCAAUCCAAAACAACCGCUCGAGAUGGUCGUCUCACUCUUCAAGAAGAUCGGGCCUCGGAUGGUCUUGGUCGAGUCUAAUGGAUCGUUAGUCGGGUUGAUUACGCUGAAAGAUCUGCUGAGGUACGAGGCAAACGGGGGCUCGAAGACUGUCCCGGCCAGUCUCCGGCCAACUGCCCAGCACUACCACACCACAAUGAUCGAGGCACAGACUCAGCCGGAGUGGUUCGACUCACCCAGAUUUGCCAACACUCAAUGCUCGUAUUCCACCAAGCGGGGCAGCCUGGACAGCUAUGCCAACCUCCAAGCACGGAAGCUGCGGAAACUGAUUGUUGAGGCCCAACAAACCCACCAGCCAGUCCUGACUAUGGGCGCACUCGACCCACAACUACACAAGCGGAAAGAAUGGGAUGCCCACGCGUCUGAGCCCGACAUGGGCCGCCCAUCUGUGGACUACCUCAAGCCAAUUGUGGCCGAGGGAGACAACAGAUACAGGAGCCUAUCGACGGUCAUGAAGCUGGCGUAG